AUGUCUACAACCACAAAACCAAAGCUGCCCGUGGUGGUCGACAAGCCGACGCCCUACACCUUCGACCUGGGCCUCCUCAUGGCGACGGACCCCAACCCCCUCGAGCUGGACCCCUCGGACCUGGAGGCGAGCCUCGCCGCCGUCGCGCGGGACGGCGCCCAGGCCCUGGUCAACCAGCUCCUGACGACCUGCCCCAUAACCUCGUCCAAGACGGACGGCGUGCUCCUCUCCCUGCCCGAGGCGUCCACCCCGCUGCCGCGCGAGAAGCCCCUCCCGGCCCCCAAGCCCCCGACAAAGUGGGAGCAGUUCGCCGCCCGCAAGGGCAUCAAGCCCAAGACCAAGGCGCAGCGGCAGAACCUGCGGUACAACGAGGACAAGGGCGAGUGGGAGAAGAAGUGGGGGUGGAAGGGCGCCGCCGACCGGUCCUCCGGGAAGGUGCCCGACGACUGGGUCGUCGAGGUCGACGAGAAGAAGGAGGCCAAGCUCAAGGAGGGCGAGACGGUGCGCGGGGAGGGCCGCCGCGAGAGGAAGGAGAAGAUCCGCCGCAACGAGAGGAAGAUGCGCAGCAAUGCCCGGCACGCGGCCAACAAGAAGUAA